CCUACACUCGCCACAUUACCGCGCGUGUAUGAGCUGGUUGGGUCGUGAACGCGCCCAUUGCUGAAACGCUGACAAUCUGCAGACUUUCUAUUAGCCUUCCUAUAAUCAACAUAUCACCUCUGGUCGCAUUCAGUUUAGUAUUCCGCUGGAAACCUUAGCUAUAGCAUACUGACUGGUCAUUUUGGUGUCCUUUAUUUUGGGGAAAUUGUACAGUUACCUGCCAAAAUGAAUCCGCCGUGUAGCAGAUGCAAUAAGACCGUGUAUCCAACUGAAAAAGUAAAUUGCCUGGACAAGUAUUGGCACAAGGGGUGUUUCAGCUGUGAAGUAUGCAAGAUGACCCUCAACAUGAAGAACUACAAAGGCUUUGACAAGAAACCCUACUGCAGCCAACACUACCCCAAGACCUCAUUCACCAGUGUGGCCGACACUCCAGAGAACCUGAGGCUCAAACAGCAGAGCAAGAUGCAGAGCCAGGUGAUGUACAAAGAGGAGUUUGAGAAGAACAAAGGCAAGGGCUACAGUGUGGUGGCGGACACGCCCGAGCUGCAGAGAAUCAAGAAAACACAGGACCAGAUCAGCAACAUAAAAUACCAUGAGGAUUUUGAGAAGAGUCGGAUGGGAGGUGAAAUCCCUCCAUCUGAGAACAAUUCCAAUCAAGGUUACCAGCAACAGUCUUACAACUAUGACCCCCAGCCUGUCGCUCAUGCUCCCACUCCUGCUCCUGCCCCUGCUCCAGCUGCAGCUGCACCGCCACCCAGUGGUGGGAAGCGCUUCCGUGCCAUGUACGACUAUGCGGCGGCGGACGAUGAUGAGGUGUCGUUCGCGGAGGGCGACGUGAUCCUGGACGUGCAGCAGAUCGACGAGGGCUGGAUGUUCGGCCGCGUCCAGCGCACCGGCCAGCAGGGAAUGCUCCCCGCCAACUACGUGGAGAUGGCGUGAGAUGACCGACUACAGAGAUGGAGCGAUGAUGAUGAUGAUGAUGGAGGGAGGGAGGAAGGGAGGGAAGAAAGAAUGAAUUAAUAGGUGCCUCUCAUUCAGCGUUUAUACGUCCUCCCUCGCUCCUCGGGCCUCGAUCCUCACUGG